AAUCGAGAUGAAAAAUGGAGUCUUUGUCUUUUGAACAAGUGCAAAUUAUUUUGCUAGCUAACAGUGAUAAAAAGAAAAUACCGAGUCCUUCAAGCAGUGUUAAACAUUUGAAAACGCUGCGAGUUAAAGCAAAAGUUAAUCUUCGGACAUGGAUCGAACAUGGUGUUCCUGAACGAGCAUGGAUUCAUAUGCUACGCUCCAAGACUUCGCUCAUUCACGAAUACUCCCUUCAAAAACAGAAAGUCAUAGUGCCCGUUAUCCCACCGACUUCAAGCAGAGUGUUUGGAUCAAACGUGGAAGCCAGAAAUACAUUAGCUGGGUGUACGUGGCAAAAUGAUGGAUUGUAUUCGGACAAUGAUGUAACAGCUCCUGACACUUCACUACCCACACAACUGUUGCUAGAAAGUUUGGAGGAAAUAUACUACACUCAUCAACUCCAGUAGGAAUUCACUGAAAAGCUACACCCAAUGUCUUUAUUGCGUCUUCUGCAACACUGGGCAGCUACUACACAUUAAAAAAACUCAUAUGGAUAAUCUAUUGAGACUUAUACACCAUCAUAGGCCAGUGAUUGACUACAAUGUGUUGCCACUUACUGGCAAGCAACUUCUCCAAAUUGACGGUAGAGACUAUGCUGGCUUUAUAUAAAAAACACCCGUUGGAUUACCCACGCCAACUGCCUUUCCGUCAACUGUUGGAUCAAAUCAAAAUGAGCGUUCACCGAUUGAUGCUGGACCCAGCGUAGCAGCCCCACUUCGGUCGUCAACCAAUGGUGCUAGAGUUACUUCUGUUACUCGUGGCGUGAGACGAAAAAAAAAACCUUCCAGCUACCAAAACCAGUCAUUCAACGAGAGGGAGCAAAGUAUUCUCACUUUGGUCUGCAGUCUGCCAUUG